UGACUUCCUUGUUAUGAGCCCCGGCCCGGCAGUGUCCGGAAUCGUAGCCCCGCUGUGCUCACCGGGACCGCUAGCCAGAGUCUAGGUCGCUGCGCAACCCCAGCCCGUCGGUUACCCUUUCAGCACAGAUCCUUCCCCCGCACGCCCCGCGCUCCCUAAUAUGCCCAACCCCAACAGCACCUCCUCUCCCUAUCCCCUCCCCGAGGAAAUUAGGAACCUGUUGGCAGAUGUUGAAACAUUUGUAGCAGACAUACUGAGAGGGGAAAAUUUAUCCAAGAAAGCAAAGGAAAAGAGAGAAUCUCUUAUUAAGAAGAUAAAAGAUGUAAAAUCUAUCUAUCUUCAGGAAUUUCAAGACAAAGGUGAUGCAGAAGAUGGGGACGAAUAUGAUGAUCCUUUCUCUGGGCCUCCAGACACUAUUUCAUUAGCCUCAGAAAGAUAUGAUAAAGAUGAUGAAGCUUUCUCUGAUGGAACCCAGUGUCCUCCGAUUGCAGCACAGGACCUCCCUUGUGUUUUAAAGGCUGGCUACCUUGAAAAACGCAGAAAAGAUCACAGCUUUCUGGGAUUUGAAUGGCAAAAACGGUGGUGUGCUCUCAGUAAAGGAGUAUUCUAUUAUUAUGGAAGUGACAAAGACAAACAACAGAAAGGUGAAUUUGCAAUAGAUGGCUACAACAUCAGAAUAAAUAACACGCUUAGGAAGGAUGGAAAGAAAGAUUGCUGCUUUGAAAUCUCUGCUCCUGAUAAACGUGCUUAUCAGUUCACAGCAGCUUCUCCCAAAGAUGCCGAAGAAUGGGUACAGCAGCUGAAAUUUGUAUUACAAGAUAUGGGAUCUGAUGUUAUUCCUGAGGAGGAGGAUGAAGGAGGAGACUUAUAUGAUGAUGUUGAUCAUCCUCUACCAACCAGCAGUUCACCAGCCAGCAGGCAACCAAUUGAUGAUGAAAUCUAUGAAGAACUUCCAGACGAGGAAGAGGACGGCGCUCCCGGGAAAGUGGAGGAACAAAGGAGGACGAGUCAGGACAGUGGUCAUCACACCACAGGCGACAAAAGCACUGAUUAUGCUAAUUUCUACCAGGGUUUGUGGGACUGCACAGGUGCUGUUUCUGAUGAGCUGUCAUUUAAAAGAGGUGACGUGAUUUACAUUCUUAGCAAGGAAUACAAUAGAUAUGGCUGGUGGGUAGGAGAAAUGAAGGGAGCCAUUGGCUUGGUGCCGAAAGCCUACAUAAUGGAGAUGUAUGAUAUUUGAGAGUCCUGGAAAAGGAAGACUCUCCCGCCGCUUUGCCAACGCCUGGGACUCCGUGAGCGAUGGCUCCUGGCGGCCUCUGCCCGUCCUUCUGCUUCGGACCGUCCCUCUGAUGUGCAACUCAGGGAAGGGGAUUAGUGCAGAUUAGACACAAGCUGUAAAGUUAGACCUGUUGCUCGUCUGCAAAAAAAUAAUUGUAGUUUUUACUUCCUCCUUUGAUUUGUGUGAAGCAUUUAGCACAUUGUCUGUGCUCCAUAUAGGCGCUGCUGCUUCGGGGAUGAGUUGCAACUUCUCUCAAUAUUGGAUGUCAGUUAUUUUUUUAAGACUAAUAUGUAGCUUCAGCAAUUGAAAUUGAAUAUAUCAUGCAAGUUUUGGGGAAAUGGUAGUUAAAGAAUAAGGUUUUAUUGAAACUUUGGAGAUGAUUUAUGUUAGUAUUUAUUUUUCACACAAUAGUAACAUGCUUUUAUGAAAGAAUUUUUACCAAUUGGCCAACUUACUUUGUGUUACGUAGAGCCACGAGAAAGAAAAAGGGAUCAAAUUGCAGAUGGCAGUGUGUGGUCACCUUCUACAACACGCGCAGACUGGCACCAUGGUUCGUGCAAAGUCCUGGAUCAGUAACAGAUAUCCUGGUUGGAUGACGGGCUUGCCAAUAUUUUCUGCCAUAGCUUUGUUUAAAUUUAAUAAAAUAAAAAAUUCAUAAGAAACCCCAUUCUCCGCUAAUACAAUGGCAGAAAGAAUCUCAACAUACUCCAAAAGUCAGAAGGUGUAACCCAGCACUCUCUUAUCCUGCCUGAUCAUGGCUGUGAUGUUUAGGUCCCACCACAAACCCAAACCAGUGCAACUCCAGGUGUGAGUCUCCUUUACACACGUCAGAGCAGUGAAGAGACAGGGCCGCUCGGAGGAGAGUGUAGGGUCAGAGCGGGCGCCGCUGCGGGCACGUGGAAGGUGUCAGUCUGACCUGGGAGUUGUAUUCUGCUACCUGAGCAAGAUUCGCAAAGUUAUAUCAGUUCCUUUUCACGUGUAUUUGAAAUCAAAGCGAUGUAAAUACCUACAAGGUACUAGUCUGUCUUCAUAGAGAUCAAAAGGUACUGCUGAAUGGAUGAUUAUUUAGAGUAGAUAUAAUGUCCUCAUAUUGAAUCAUUGAUUAGUACAUAUUACCUUUGUUGAACUUUUCAGGUCUCUGCUUUAUGAAGAUAAAGAUUCUGACCUUGCAAACAAGCUGAUAAUAUCUUAAAACCUUCAUUAUUUACAUAAAACUUUUUACAAGCACUAUUUCUGAGUAUAUAUUUACCAUUAUUUCCUCAAUCCCAUGAUCAUGUUAUUUCAAAUGUUAAAAAAUAUUAAUUUUAGGGAUUGUGGGUAAACUCUGGUUUCUGUAAAUUAGACAUUGUUGAGCUAAAGCUGUCAGAAAUUAAUUUGUGCACUCGUUAAUCUUGUCCUAACAAAGAGCCAUUCCAGUAGGUCAGAAGUAUCUUGGAAAAAGUAAGACAAAGGAGAUGAAACUAGUGGACUGGUUUUCAAAGCUGAAGAGGUUGAAAAGCAAAAACAAUGGUGGGUUUCCAUUGAAAAGGUGGAUUUGCUUAGGGCUUACACGACGGUUUUAGCUCUGGGCCAGUAGGUGGCAGCAGCUUUUCAUUGCAUACCAAGCCACUUGGAACCCCUCCCCCUCUCAGACCCAAACUCCUGCAGAAUGUAAAGCAUUUAAGAACCUUUCUGCCUCCUUUUACAGUUAAUCCAGGAGAGGGAGUCCUUUGCCAACUGAUGACCAACUAUUUCAAGCCAGAUAGUCUCUCCGUGAAUGGUGGCAAUACAGAAAUAAAGUGUUACUUCUGUCCCGAGCUCCUCUGGCCUUUGUUCUUUUUAAACUUGAAUCCAGGCAGGAGAUAGGAAAGAAAAAAAAAGAUUUAAAAUUGGAGUGACAGGAAAAUAAUCAUCACUUUCAAUUCAUGACAACUUGAUAUUCAUUUGGUGAAAUCAUUUGUCUACUACCAGGGAGAAAGUUUUCUUUACACCCUUGACAAUAUAUCACACACUCUUCAAAAUCAUAAUAAUAUAAUUAAUGUGAAUCUAAACAACAUGGCUUGUUAGAAAAUCUGCUAAUUGCUAUGUUCUCAUUAUGUUUGCUUAGCUUUUAUUUGUUUUUCUAUGAACAGUUAGAGAGCUAAUUUUUUUCAAAGGUGAUUGUAAGUCAUAUUUUAUAUAGCAUUUUGCUUGAUUAUUUGCUCUGUACUGAAUUUGUACUCUAUUGCCAUUAGAUCUUACAAUAA